CAUGAGCGCGGCCACCCUGGACCCCUUGGACUCGCUUUCGUGCUACCGAACCUGGUCCCUGGAGCCCGCCAACUUCUACGACGCCAAGGCGGGUGAAGGCGGCGGCGGUCUGAGUCCUUCCUGCAAGGCGGGCAGCGUGAGUGUCGCCCAGGCGAGCGAGGAGGCCGGGGGGAUGUGCUCUGCUCCGAGCAGCGGCAGCCGCGACCUGGCGGAGCUGAGUGCCGCCGCGCCGGCCAUGUACGAGGACGAGAGCGCCAUCGACUUCAGCUCCUAUAUUGACUCCAUGGCGGCCGUGCCGAACUUGGAGCUGUGCAACGACGAGCUCUUCGCCGACCUCUUCAACAGCAACCACAAGGGCGGCGAGCGCAGCGGGGGCUACGGGGAUUACCUGCCGCCGCCGCCACAGGCGCCUCCGCCAGCGUCCGGAGGGAGCGCCUUGGCCAGCCUGUUGCACGCCAGCGUCCUCCCGGGCCCGCUCCGGGUCGCCGUCAAGCAAGAGCCAGACUGGGGCGAGGAGGCAUCGGGCUCGCUGCUGCCGUCCCAGAUUGCUACUUGCGCCCAAACCAUUGUCAACUUGAGCGGGCAGCCCACGCCGCCCACCUCCCCCGAGCCUCCGGGAAGCGCCUCGCCGUCCAGCUACAGCAGCCGCUCUUCUGCUUCGUCGUCGUCGGGGUCCAAAGAGCGGGCGGGCAAAAAGGGCGUGGACAGGUUCAGUCCGGAGUACCGGCAGCGGCGGGAGCGCAACAACAUCGCGGUGCGCAAGAGCCGCGACAAAGCGAAGCGCCGCAACCAAGAGAUGCAGCAGAAACUGGUCGAGCUCUCGGCCGAGAACGAGCGGCUGCAUAAGAAGAUUGAGCAGCUCAGCCGGGACUUAACUAGCCUCCGGCACUUCUUCAAGCAGUUGCCCAACGCCUCUUUCCUGCAGCCCUCCUCGGUCACGGACUGCCGGUAA